AUGGACCCCGGACGCCGUGCUAUGCUCGAGGGGCGAAGGUCGCCCGUAAAGCGCGAUGUCACCGGACCAAGGCAUGACCCAAGUACGCGCAUUACCAAACCUUCAAGAUCUGAUCGACCCAAGCCAGCCAACAAUAACAGUUCCAAGUACUUGACGCAAGACGAGCAAGAGCGCCAGUUCAUCGCAGACGAGGAUAAAUUCGUUCUCAAGCAGUCGAAGAAGAAGGCCGAUAUUCGCGUUCGCGAAGGGCGAGCAAAGCCGAUCGAUUUUCUUGCUUUCAACCUGAAAUAUAUCGACACCGAACGCGAUGUUUUCGACGAUGACGAGGACGACCUCGAUAUCGAUAUUCCGUCACCCGAUGCAGUUGUGCAGAGUUUGACUGAAGCGCAAAUCUCUGAAUUGGAGCAUGAGAUAUCUUCGUACCACGUUCUCGAAAGCAACGCAAAAAACCGAGAAUACUGGGAAGCACUGAAGUCGCUGUGUUCCGUGCAGAAGGCAAAGCUCCGCCCUGCAAGGAACGAAGAGAGAGUUGUGAGCAGUGUGGCGGACGACAUUGAUAAAAUCCUCGCUCCAAAGACCUAUGAGCAGCUAGGGGCCCUAGAGAAACAGAUAAAAGCAAAGCUAAAGAGUAACGAGGACAUCGACACGGAUUAUUGGGAGCAGCUUUUGCGCAGUCUGGCAGUUUGGAAGGCCAAGGCUAUCCUUGGCAAGCUGUACGAAGAGAUUGCGGAGAACCGUCAGAAACUCCUCAAAGAACGUGGGCCCGGAAAGACUUCAGGAACAGGCCCGCGCCAGAAUGAAGCAGUUGAAGCGAAUAGACCAAGCGAGGUAGCUGCCACAAGUCAUGGACCUAGAGUCCAAGGGGCUACAUCGACAGCUGAGAGCUCGCAGCCUCCUCUCGGCACUGGACGAUUUUCACAAACGGACAACGCAGACUAUUCGCAAGCUACUGACGCCUUGUAUGACCGAGAGGUUGCCCGCGGUGUGUCUGAGAAUGAAGAGGUUUUCACGGCCGAGGAGGCAGUCGUAAGUGCAUCCAGGCCCCAAUGGGCUGACAAGUAUCGCCCACGAAAGCCCAAAUAUUUCAAUCGAGUCCAGAUGGGAUAUGAAUGGAACAAGUACAACCAGACUCAUUACGACCACGACAAUCCACCGCCCAAGGUUGUUCAAGGAUACAAGUUCAAUAUCUUUUACCCAGAACUCAUCGACAAGACUAAAGCACCCACCUUCAAGAUCAUCCGUGAGCACGGCCGCAGACGGGGAGAAUCAUUCGCGGCCGCAGGUGAGGACGAUACAUGCUUGAUUCGGUUUAUUGCGGGCCCUCCGUAUGAGGACGUAGCCUUCCGAAUCGUGGAUCGCGAAUGGGACUACAGUGCCAAGAGGGAGCGCGGCUUCCGGAGUUCUUUUGACAAGGGUAUCUUACAGCUGCACUUUCAGUUCAAGAAGAUUUUCUACAGAAAAUAA